AUUUAUGACAACACAUUAAAAUUUGUCCAAUUUUAACGCAAAGAAUGCUUUUGGUGAAUAUUGUACUGCAGAAUUAUAACAUAACCUCUUAUAAUAUUGUACUGUUAACAUUAUUUGAAGGUUAUCUAGCACAAACAACAUAAAUGAGCAAAGAUGAGUUUUGGAUAUACUGUGACACCCAAAAUUCAUCCAACCCACUUAAGCCCAAGACAGUCAACUCUAAGUGUGGGCACAGUGGAGACUAUACCUGUACAUGAACUUGACAUACCAUCAGCUUCCAGAGAGUACAGAAAUGUUGACCUUAAUAAACAGAAGAGACAAGACAGUGUCAGAAGUUUCCAAACUUUACAGGAAGUGAGAUGGUCAAGCAUGCGGAAGAAGAUACCUGGAAUGUCAGCUGUACCAAAACAUUUGGCAACUUCUCCAGAGAGUUAUGACUUACAAACUCAGUAUAUGCAGGAACUACGUCAGUAUGUUCGUCAACAUUUCCACAUGUUAGAAUGUUCCUGUUUUAUUCCUGCUCCUACCCAAAUACCUAAAAUUAAAUAUAUCAAACAACUGAGGUGUCAUUGUGGAGGAACAUUUACAGAACAUGCUGGUAUGACAAAUAAAAAUGCAAACCAAAUGCUUGAACAGUAUAUAGUACAUAAAGAAUUUCAGAGGAUUAUUAAUCGAAGAAAACUUGAUGACCCCAUUCCAGUAAGACUUCCACAAGUUCAAUGGUCACGUGAUAACUUAAGGAAAAAAGUCACUAAUUCAUUUGGCAAAAUCAAGUUUGUUAAUGUUGAACACGUAGGUGGAACUAAACCAGCAAAGUACAUUAGAAUGGCUGCUGAUGACUCUGUAGAAGAUUUGUUUGAACUGAUGAUCACAUACUGGAGGAUCAAGGAACCACAGCCUCCAAACCUUGUCAUCUCUGUUGUGGGCGGAGCUAAAAACUUCAAACUGGAUGGACGUAUGAGAACUACUUUUUCAGCUGGACUUGUGAAGGCAGCAAAGACAACAUCUGCCUGGUUGAUAUCAUCAGGUUUCAACAUGGGAGUGAUGAAGUCUGUAGGUCAGGCUGUAAAUGAGGGCCAGUCAUUCUGCUGGGAUAAUAAUCGUAUGGCCCAUGUAUUGAGGUGUAUAGGUAUUGCCCCCUGGGGAUAUGUUAGAGACAGAAUGAAUCUGAUUGAGGCUGAAAAUGGUGAGGGUAAAUUCUGUGCCGAGUAUAGAACAAGUAAUGUUAUACUGCACAAUGAGCCCGUACCACUGAAUGCUGACCACACUCACUUUAUAUUUGUUGACGAUGGUUUCAGAAAUAAGUAUGGAGGAGUUGCGGCCAUGCGAUCUAAAAUAGAACAAAAAAUUUCACAACCAGAAUCAGCUGGAGGUCUAGGUAUACCAGUUGUUCUGAUUGUGGUAGAAGGAGGAACAGAUGCUCUUGCUGAUGCUAAAAGUUCUCUAGAACAUCGUAUACCUGUAGUUGUCUGUGCCGGAACUGGACGUGCUGCUGAUAUCCUUUCAUACGCUUACUCUCAUACUAAAACUACCUCAGCUGGUGUACGUGAAAUGUCUGAGAAGCACCAGGCUAAGUUAAAGGACAAGAUAUUUGAAGCUUAUGGUAAAGCUUGGAAAGAGGAGGAAAUUGAUUCAAAAACUGAUGCCAUUAAAGACAAUGUCAAAAUUUGCUGCCAAAAUGCAGACCUUAUGAUUAUAUUCAACAUGAAUAAAGCUGAAGAUUUAGACAUGGCAAUAUUGUCGGUGUUGUUGAAGGCCCAUGCUGGUGGUGACGAGAACCAGAGAUUGACACAGUUAAAGCUAGCACUCACCUGGGAUAGAGUUGACAUCGCCCAGGAGGAAAUAUUCCGGGAAGAUGUUCUAUGGAGACAAGGAAGUCUAGAUGAUAUAUUGACAGAAGCUAUUGUUACAGACAAGGUGAAGUUUAUGGAGCUCAUUUUACAACAAGGUGUUAUAAUGAAAGAAUAUCUCACACUGGACAGGCUAGAACAACUCUACCUACUGGUGCCUAAGCAUCAUCAGAUAAAUAAAUUGAUGUUUAAACUAACUGGUAAAACUGACAUGAAGAGACAAAAUGUUGUUAGCUUACUCUCCAACUUGUUAGACAGAUAUGAUGAUGAACAACAAAUGGAUCUGAUGAACAAUGAUAUGUUUGAAGAAGAGGAUGAGGACUCUAAAACUACUAAAUUUAUGUUUGCCAGGCCUUAUAAACAUCUCCUUAUAUAUGCUGUCUUGUUACACAGACAAUCUUUAGCAAAGUUUUGUUGGGAGAUGGGAGAUGAACCUGUCACUACAGCCGUGGCUGUUACACGACUAUACUCUGCUAUGAUAAGACAUAUCACACGUGAUGAAUCUAUUCUACGUGAUACUAUCAUUGGCUAUAAAAGGGAGUUUGAGAUGAUGGCAGUGAAUGUAUUAAAUGAGUGUCAGCAGAAAGAUCCCAGUAAAGCUAUGAUGAUUGUAGAGAGACAUUCACCUGUCUGGAAUGAAAUGACCUGUCUACAGAUAGCAGCAGCCUCUAAUGAUAGGGUAUUUUUGUCAUCAGAAACUUGCAUGGAUUCAGUAUCUACUACAUGGAAACAGGGAAUGACCUCUGGAUGGAAAUGUGUAUUCCUGGCUAUUCUGUGUCCUCCGUUGAUCCCAUUCAUUAUAGAGUUUGUACAAAUAGGAAGAGAGUCGAUGUCCUGGAACCAGAAAAUACUUGGUUUUUAUACAGCACCACUUGUCAAAUUUGUAAAUUACACAUUGAUGUACCUUGUGUUCGUUGCCCUGUAUACAUACAUGUUGUUAGUAGACAUACAACCUAAACCUGUAACCACUAUAGAGAUUAUUUGUGUAGUCUGGAUAUUUACCUUCAUAAUAGACAACAUUCAUACAUUGAUAUUUUUCCCAGCCCCUACGUUUCAGUCGAAGAUGCGUGACUUUUAUGGUAUAAUGCAUUACAUGGAUUGGUUUACAUUCAUCACAACUAUGAUAGGUUUUAUUCUUCACUACAUGGGCUUCUACAAUGCUUGUAAAAUCCUCUACUGUAUUAAUGCAGUGAUAUUUUAUGUGGGGAUCAUGCAGUCAUACAGGGCAUUUGAAAAUCUUGGUCCAAAACUGGUCAUGAUCAAAGGAAUGUUUGGAGAGCUGCGUUUAUUCAUUAUGGUACUGUUGAUAUUCCUGCUGGCAUAUGGUAUAGCACAUCAGGGGUUGAUGUACCACGACAGGUCACCUUCCUGGACUAUAUUGAAAGAUGUUCUCUACUACCCAUAUUGGCAACUGUAUGGUGAAUUAUUUCUUGAAGAAAUUGAGACUGAUUCCUGUAAGCCUGGGUCAUUAGACUGCAGAACUAGUCAUUGGUUGGUACCAAUCAUUUUGGCAGCAUAUCUAUUGGUUGGAAAUAUUCUGUUGCUUAACCUACUUAUUGCUAUAUUCAGCAAUGUGUUCCAGCAGAUAGAGAAGAAUUCGAAAGAGAUCUGGAAGUAUCAUAUGUAUUUCCUGGUGAUGGAGUAUGACAAAAAACCGUUUCUUGUUGCACCUUUUAGUAUCAUUCCAAUCUUCUUCCAUGCAAUAAGGUGGUUGUUCAGAAAAUGCUGCUGCAAAAGAUACAUUACCAGACAAAAACUUGGUCGAAGACAUCUGGAAUAUUUACAAUUGUUUGAGAAGGAGAUGAUGACAAAUUAUCUACGUCGAGCAAAGGCAAGCGAGCACGAGAAUCUAGAGAUGACAGUAAAGAACCUGGAGAAACGUGUAGAUGAGCUGACUAGACUUAUAGAAGAUGAGGUGAUUGGUGACCACAUGCCGGACCCCAUGAACUUUGUUGUAGCAGAUGAUGGCCAAUCAUUUUUAUGGAAGAGGGGUGAAUCUAUGACAGAGUCUUUCAUGCAACAAACAUGGCCGGUAGUUAGUGAUGUGUUAGCUGUAAAAGACAUGGUUGCCAACACGGAGAUCCCACAACAAUAUAUGAGGCCAAUGAUGAGAAGCAUUGGAUUAUUUACAAAGAAGAAGGGAUUACGGUCUGGGUCAGGGUUGUUUGUUUUACCAGCAAAGAUGCCAGCAAAUCUGGUAGCUAGUACUGAUAGUAAAGGUGACAAUGUAAGUAAAGAUACAGAAACUGUUACCAUGGAAACUAGUGAAAACAAACUUGUCGGUGAUACUGAUAAUGUGCCAAAUGUAAACAUUGAGGAAAAGAAAGAAAGUAAGACUAAAACUGAGUCAUUAGAAGCCACUACUGGAAAAGUAACUGCUGAAGUAAAUCAAGGUGUUGAAAGUGCUACAGAUACUCUUACUGAAAAAGAAAUAAAGAAGCUUGAAAAAGCUAAAAGAAAGGAAGAGAGACGUAAAAGGAAAGAAGAAAAGAAAGCUAAAAGAGAGAAAAGUAAAGAAAGAGAGGGAGAACAAAGUAGAGACACUGAUAAUGUUAAUGAUCCUAAAAGUGAUAAUGUUGUAAUAAAUGAUGUGAAUCAGCCACAGAAGACAAAUGGUUCAACAAAAUCAAGAGUAUCAUUUCAUUUGGAAGACGCAAUAGUAAAACCUGGAGGUGAUAGAGACAUCCGUCCAAAAACCGCCCCACUUAAUGCACGAUCUCCAGAGAUUGCUAACCAGUUUGAGCUUCUUGAAAGAAAUGGGACACAGAACAUGGACGAUCAGUGGAAUAUUGAAGCGGAGAAACUGGAAACUUCUAGUUCAAGACGAGCCUGGACACCACACCAGGGCAGGGUUAGUGAUAGUGAGGAAGAAAUACAGGAAAGAAAAAUCACGAGAAAACGAUUCUCUAAAGAUUUUGGAGGAUAUUCGUCCAGUGAUGAAGCUAUGUCAUUAAGAGAUAAACUUCAUAACAGAAUGAAGAAGAAGAAAUCAAAGAAAAGCCGAUUAUUUAUAGAAGAUAGUGAUAUGUAACAUACAUGUACAUGUUAGAAUGAGACAGUAGUUCAUUAUUCUCUUGUAUUUAUUAUGUUUUCUUUAAAUUAGGGAUAUACUUUUCUCCAGUCUAAAAUCUAAUUUAUUUGUUAUGAAAUUAAAAAAUAUCAACACCAAAACCAGGAGGAACCAGACAAUAAACAUACUAUUUGCUGGUCUGUAGAGACCAGGAGAGACUCCGGGGAAUUAUCGAUAGGAGACCGGUGAAUAGUAUAUCCCUCAAAAUUAUCUGUGAUAGAGUAUAAAAUGAUAUUGAUUCUUAAAACUUAAACAGGGUUUAUAUUUUAGCUCACCUUUCACAAAGUGACAUGGUGAGCUUUUGUGAUCGCUUUUCGUCCGUCCACCCGUCCGUCC